AUAUUCAAAAGAUGCUAAAAACGUCAAAUUCGUUUUAAAUGAUUUGCUUGUGAAGUUAAAUGUUUAUUUCUCGAUUUUGUUUGUUUCUUUAAAUUAGAAAACCAUUCUUCCAGGCAAAUAUUGAUAUUUUGUGAGCCUAGCUACAGGAUAUAUUGAGAAUUAUGGACGAAGAGCCUAAUAUUUGCAGAUUGUGCCUAGAAAUUAUCGGUGAAAAUAUUUCUUUCACCCCAUUACAGCAUAAUAAUGCUGUUAUUCAAAAUCUAAAUUUAAUUUGUUUCUCCACUAUUAAGAACCUUCAAAUAACAAAAAAUCCAAUUAUAUGUGAACAAUGCAACAAAAAACUGAGGAUAUUCACCACUUUCAAGCAAAAUAUUAUAAAUAACGAAUUCAAGAUACAAAGCAAUGAAAAAAAUCGACAGAAUGCCUUCCUUCAAUCAAUCUCAAAUGAUGUAGAUAAAAUUUGUCGUCUGUGUUUGAAAAUAUCUGAUGACAAAAAUAAAUUUUACACUACUUUGAAAGAAAGGAACAGUUUAAUUAAAAAUUGUAAAAUUUGUUUGAAUGCAAAUUUAAAGAAUCCAUCUAAAAUAUGUCAGGUUUGUGAAGAAAUUUUGGAGAGUUUAGCUGCCUUCACUGAUAACUGUGAUGAAAAGGAAAGAAAGUUAGUUUCUGCAGCUUCAGAAAAAGGAAUUCUCAAUUGCAGUGAUCUUGUGGAUAUUUUUAAUCUUAAGCAAGCAAAGAAGCUAAAUAAAACUUGUUCAGAAGGUAAUAAUAAUUUAAAACAAGUUGGGCUGUCUGUAAAAAGGAAAACAAAACUAAAUAUUGGCUCAAAUGCAUUAAAAAAUACGAUUGAGAGAGUUAAAAGCAACCUGAAGACCCAGUGUGAAGAGAGUCAUGAGAAGAGUUCGUCUAAAGUCAAAAAAGAGAACUUGAAACAAAUUAAAAUAACAGAUAUGGCGCAUACAAGUAAAACAUCAAAAAAUACUGUUAUUCCUGGUGUUGAGGUUAAAAAAACGCAUAGAACGUAUGUUAAAAAAGACACAACAAAAAACAAAGUUCCUAAUAUCAGAAAACAUCUAAAAAUCUUAAAUGAGAUAAGGAAAUCUCUGACGCUAGACACUACAUAUAUUGAUGCUGACACUACUGACGUUGGAGAUGUUACCUUACAAAGCCUGGAAGAUUAUAAUCCAGAAAUUAAUGGCAUCCAAGAACUGUCAGACUUGUUGGAUACCCAAACUGGUAAAACCAGCGGUAAAGAUAACGCAGUUAUUAUUAUGAAUUUUCAAAUUAAACCCAGUAACACAAUCCUAGAUCUUAAAUCAGAUGAUGUAGAUGACUGUGGUUCUGAUAAAUCAGAGGUUUUAGAAGAGAGUGUUGAUGAGGUUGAGAUUGAAUUGAAUAUCGACGAGUUAUCUAAAAAUAUUCAGGAUAAAAUUAAUCUAAAUAAUGCGGUAGAAGUUGGUGAAAAACAGACUGAAAAAUCACAUAAUACUGGUAAUAUUCGUAUUCAUCACCAGAUUGUUGUAAAAAAAUCAGAGGAAGACCUAGAACAAAAAGUAAGUAAAAUAAUCGUUCAAAAAGAAGAUGUUUCUCCAAAAAUUGAAUUACAACAUGAAAAAGUACAGGAAGCAGUGGUUCAAAAAGAUGUUGUUAAAGGCAAGAGAGGAAGAAAAAGGAAGAUACCCCUGCAAGAAGAAUCUUCGGCUACUCCUUUGACAACAGCACAAAAACCAGUUACUAAGGGUAAAAGAGGAAGGCCAAGGAAGUAUCCUUUGCCAGAAAAUAUCGACAAAGUUGUUGAGGUUCCUAAAAAAGGCAAAAGAGGGAGACCAAGGAAGUAUCCCCUCCCAGAAAAUAUGGAGAGGGUUGAGAAUGUGAGUGAAGAGAAGAAAGAAUAUGAGUGUGAAGAAAAAAAUAUUGAAAUUACAGCUCAAAAAGUAGUUACUAAGGGUAAAAGAGGAAGAAAAAGGAAGAUACCUCUGCAGGAAAGUGAUGACAAAGUUCAGAGUGUUGAUAAAGAGAUUCCUGAAAGUACUGCUCAACAAGAAGAAGUUCCAAAAGUACCUAAAAAAAGAGGAAGAAAAAGAAAAAUACCCUUGCCAGAAAAUACUGAAACCCCUGAGAAAGUCACCGAAGAAAAAGAUAAGGAAGAAUCAAAACCUGAAGUUACUGCUCCAAAACAACAAAGAACUGAAACCGCCAACAAUGAAGCUCCUAUCGUACAAAUUCUUGAUGUUCUGGAAACAUCACAGUCUGAAAUAUCUCCAGAAUCGGAUAAUGUUAUACAGCCUAACGAAAAUGAAGAAGUAAUUAUGAUAAAUGAAGUUUCCGAUUUCGAUAAAAUCGAUACUCAAAAGGAAGUAAAAAAUGAGGCUAAACCUUUUGACGUUACUAUAAUCCGAAGGAAGAAAAAGACAGUUGUUAAUAGGGCUGAAUUGGACAAGACUUGGCAGAAAUUGACGGGGAAGGUUACCGAUACGGAAGAGCAACAAGAAUCGUCUCCGGAAGCGAAGCCCGCAGUAAAAGUACCGAAAAAAAGGGGCCCAAAACGGAAACCUUCAUCAGAGCUAAAAAAGAAUAAACUAAAGAAGAAAGUGGUGUACCACCAGUGCCCUUGUUGCUCGUUUAAAACUACUUCGAAAUUAUCUCUUAUCCAACACAAAUACAUACACAACGUUCUAGGCAAUUUCUCUGAAUAUCAGUGUAGUCAGUGUCAAUUUAGAACAUCGGUUGAAGAGUUAUUCACUCAGCAUAUGAUGACUACUCACAUCAGCAGCCAACUCAUCUUCGGAUGCAUCUUUUGCGACGCGUUCACCAGCAAACGGAAGCACCCCAUGAUGAACCACGUGUUACUCCAACACGACGACAAAGACGUGGCCAACAUGUUCUACUGUUGCGUCAUGAACAAGGAUACGUCCGACGAGUACUUCGAGUGCUUCCAGUGCCACUUCCAGUCGGUGGAGGAGGCGGUGAUGCCCGAUCACGUGAUCGAUCACAACCAAGACGUCCCCAUCAAGAACCCGGAGGUGCCGAUGUUCAGGUGCCAGCGGUGCUCGUACAGCACCAAGUCGGAGGAGAUGUUGCAGAGGCACAUGGACAUCAAGCACGACACGGAAUCGAUUAUGAUCAAGCAGGAAGAACCGGAAGUAGAACUGCUGUUAUGUGAUAUGUGUCCCUACCGGACGAUACACAAGAGGAGUUUGGCCAAUCACAAAAAUAAGAAGCAUCCUCCUCAUGUCAAGAAUCCCUCAACGACAACAAAACCCAACACCGGCAAACAGUUCUUUUGCGCGAGCUGCGAUUACAGCACCUUCCGCAAGGUCAACAUAGCCAGGCACGUUUUGGUCCACAUGACCAAGCAAAACGUGGAGUAUUUCGAAUGCAACCAUUGCUACUUCGAAACGAAACAUCGCAGGAGCUUCACGAGGCAUAUGGAGGCGCGGCACCGAGUAUUAGUGUAGAUCUGUGGCUUUGAUUGGACAAAAACCCAGUAAAUAUGUUAGAUAACUUAAGUUACAAAAUGCUGCAAGUGAGGAGGGGAGGAACUUAACAGUCAAUAGAAUUCUAACCUCACUCUGUCAAUGGUUUAUGUCUAAGGCAGUAUUCAGUUGUUUAUUCCGGACCGGUAAACUACGGUAAACCGUCUUCCGUAAUAAGAAAACUUUCAGGAAACAGAUAGAAACGGAACAUAAAACCAUAAGUACUAUACAGUGUUGCCAUACUAUUUCUUAUUUACUAAAAUCUUGGAUAAAAACAGUAUAUCCGAAAAAUUGUAGAAACCAGGAAAUGAAAAUUAACUUUAUUAAUAUUUAGCUAUAUUUUCUUAAAUAUCAAGGAUAACAGGGCAACUCUCGUUAUAUUAUACAGGGUAUUUUUAUAGCGUGGCCGACAUUGCAAUAUUUAUAAUGCUAUAUUUCAAUUUUUUUAAAUGCAACCCACUGUAUAUUAUUUUUUAUUUAGAUGCAGAAUUAGAAAACGAGCAUUUUUUUGUACCUAAAUUUUUUUCAGUUUUUAUUUUGCAUAUGGCUUUUUCAAUAGUAAAAUAUAAGAUAAAAAUCAUGAGGUACAACAUUUAUAUAAACCUUGUUUUUUUUCAUUUCUUUGUCAACAAUAUUAUAUACUGAUAUUGCACUCCCACACACUAGUGGGCCACCCUGUAUAGUUUCACUUAUAUCUAAUCUUUUUAUUGUAGUUAUUUGUCCUUUUUUGUAGCGUUCCUCCCUUUUUUGCUGUAUUUUGUAACAUAUAUCACCAAAGUGCCUUUAAUAUUGUUUUAAAUAUAAAAGUUACAUUAUUUGUGACGUAAGGUAGCUUAGUGGCUUUAUACAAGGUACGCCAAACAGUUGGAAAAAACUUUUUUUUUAUUGUUGAACUUCGAACUUGUUGCGGUUUUUUGUCACACCCUGUAUAUCAUGUAGUGUAUUUUUGAGAUUUGGGAAUAUUUAAGGUAUAUGUAAUUUUUCCUCAAAAAUAUUAGCUAGCCCAAACUUAUCUGUACAUUUUUUCAAAAUGUAAAUCUAGCAUUAUACUCUUUUUUUAAUUAUUUUUUCAUUUCAGUUAUACCUAUAUUAAAUAUAUUUCUAUAUAAGCCUAGUAUUACUAUUUCGCUAUCUUAUAUAAAGAUAGAUAAAAGAAAUGUUUAUAAUUUUCUUUUUGUAUAUUUUUAUAUCAUAAAAGGAAUAGUAUACAGUUUUAUCUAAAUAACAAUUAAAUUUUAAUGCUUUUUAUAUAUAUUUAGAUAUGUUUUUUUUUCUAGGGUCU